UGUAUUAGCUGCUUAUAACACCCGCAUUACAAUUCCCAAAGAUAGAGAGAAAUUAAAGUAUUUGGUUAAGUUAGAGCAACUAAUAUCAUCAGCUAUAGCAAUGAAUGUUUUAUCCUUAAGCUCCUCAAGCCUUAACAUUUCCAAACCAUUUGAUUUCCUUCCACUCUCAAAUAAACACAAAAGUAGACCUUCUCUUUCUGUUUCAUGCAGCAGAGCCACAAAACUUGAGACCAGCCAUGGAAACUUGUACAAGAUACUAUCAUUGAGCCCCAAAAGUGCAACCAUGGAUGACAUAAAAAAGGCUUACAGAAGCAUGGCGCUUCAGUACCACCCUGAUGUGUGCAGUUUGAAGAAAGAGGAGUCGACCAAGAUGUUUGUGCAGCUCAAUGCAGCUUACAAGACGUUGUCGAAUCCGAGGCUUCGAGAAGAGUAUGAUUAUGAGUUGGGUUUGAUGAUGAGAAGUGAAAUAAGGGGUGGUGGUGGUGGUGAUGAGAGUUGGAGAAGAGUGUGGAUGGAGCAAGUGGCUGAGUUGAAGAGAAGGUCUGAAAGACGCAGGGCACACAAGGAAAAGGGGGAUUCAUGGGGCAGUAGAAUGAGGGCGCAAAACAUGAUGAAUAAUUAAACAUCAUCACAAUUAGAUAUAGCUACCUUAACAGACUGCAUGCUUUCUUUCCUAGAUUUCUUACAAACAUUCUUUUAAUUGGUCAACUGUACUUUUCAAUUUAAUUCUUCCAUGAAGAUGUAAAGGAUAUAUAUUGUCACUCGUGACUUCAAAAUAAAGCUUAACUAAAUUCUUCA